GGCGCGCACGCAGUAGCGUGCUGGGCGGAGUGGGAGGGUCUACGCAGGCGCGCGAGGCAAGGCGAGUGGCAGCUGCUGGGUUUCUUGGAGAACUGAGUGCACCUUGCAGAUUAGUAUGUCCCCUGAAGUUGCUUUGAACAGAAUAUCUCCAGCACUUUCUCCUUUUGUUUCUAAUGUGGUCAGGAAUGGAAAAGUAGGAUUGGAUGCAACUAACUGUUUAAGGAUUACAGAUCUGAAAUCUGGUUGCAUGUCCUUGACUCUUGGGCCCAGCUGUGAUCGCUUUAAGUUGCAUAUUCCAUAUGCUGGAGAAACACUAAAAUGGGAUAUAAUUUUUAAUGCCUACUAUCCAGAACUGCCACCUGACUUCAUCUUUGGAGAGGAUGCUGAGUUCCUUCCUGAUCCCUCAGCUUUACAUAACUUGGCCUCAUGGAAUCCCUCAAACCCAGAAUGCCUUCUGCUUGUUGUAAAAGAACUUGUUCAACAAUAUCACCAGUUCCAGUGCAGCAGACUACGUGAGAGCUCUCGCCUCAUGUUUGAAUAUCAAACAUUACUGGAAGAACCUCAGUAUGGAGAAAACAUGGAAAUUUAUGCUGGCAAAAAGAACAACUGGACUGGUGAAUUGUCAGCUCGUUUCCUUCUGAAAUUGCCAGUGGACUUCAGCAACAUCCCCACUUACCUUCUCAAGGAUGCAAAUGAAGACCCCGGGGAAGAUGUUGCUCUUCUUUCCGUCAGCUUUGAGGAUACAGAAGCUACUCAAGUUUUCCCCAAACUGUAUCUGUCUCCACGAAUCGAACAUGCUCUUGGAGGAUCUUCUGCCCUUCACAUUCCUGCUUUUCCAGGUGGAGGCUGCCUCAUUGAUUACGUACCCCAAGUAUGUCAACUCCUAACCAACAAGGUACAAUAUGUUAUUCAGGGUUACCAUAAGAGAAGAGAGUAUAUUGCAGCAUUUCUUAGUCACUUUGGAACUGGCGUGGUAGAAUACGAUGCUGAGGGUUUCACAAAACUCACCUUGUUACUGAUGUGGAAAGAUUUUUGCUUCCUGGUUCACAUUGACCUCCCACUCUAUUUUCCUCGGGACCAGCCAACGUUAACAUUUCAGUCUGUCUAUCACUUCACUAACAGUGGGGAGCUCUAUUCGCAGGCCCAGAAAAACUACCCCUACAGUCCACGUUGGGAUGGCAAUGAGAUGGCCAAAAGAGCAAAGGCUCAUUUCAAAACAUUUGUCCCUCAGUUCCAGGAGGCAGCAUUUGCCAAUGGAAAACUCUAAGAUCA